AUGCAAACCCAGUCAAUAAGCGAUUUUGGUGGAGUGCAGUGGGAGCUGCUUGGCAUAAUGACCGUUACAUGGUUAAUUGUAUACUUCGCUCUUUGGAAUGGAAUAACGCAAGCACGAAAAGUAUUCGUGUACUUUUGUGCAUUAUCGCCAUAUAUUCUGAUUUCUGUACUAUUAGCGCGUGGAUUGACAUUGCCUGGGGCUUGGAAAGGCAUCAAAUUUUACUUAAAACCAGAUGCGACAAAACUGCUAGAAACAACAGUCUGGAAAGACGCCGGAACGCAGGGAUGGAUUCAUCAUGUGCUUCAUAAAUGGUUCUACAAGUAUUUUAGCCGGUAG